AUGGGUACCUUAAUUGCUUCAGUUUCCCCCAGACAUUCCAUUGUUGUGGCCAUGGUUGUUAUUGUUACCGCCUUGGUAACCUCUCUGGUGUCCACCAUUAUUUCAAUUAUUCCCUCCAUUCCAGUUAUGGUUAUUCCGGUUGUUGUUCUGACGGUUGUUCUGAGAGUUGUUCUGGUUAGGUUUCCCAUUCUUGGCCCAACAUUCAAAUUCCCUAUGGCCAGGCUUCUCACAGAACCUACAUAUCACUGGAUUCCCAUCACAAUCUUUCCCUGGGUGAUUACUACGGCAACGUCUGCACUCAUAAACUAUUGUUCCAUUUCCAUUGCCUCCAAACCGGUUCCUAUUGCCACUAUUGUUGUGGAAAUUGUUGUUUCGAUUUCCACUGCCAUUCCUUUUGAGCUGGAGCUGAUUGUUCCCCUUAUUCUUCUUAAAAUUAUUUUGGUUUUGUUGGUUACCACCCUGAUUCUAGUUCCCAACAUCUUUCCUCUUCUCACCAACUCCAUUAUUCCUUUGUUGGAGUCCAUACAGAUGGGAAGCUUUCCAAUACAAGGUAUCGAGAGAAGUAAAAGUCUCUCUAGCAAGCAUCAUUUGUAG